CCUAAGUAAAACCUAUGCUGAGUCUCAGUCUCUCAGUGCUACCAGCCACCACCACUAAACCCUCGCAAAGCCCUAAAACUUCGUUUCUCAUCUCUCACAAAUGGCUUUUCGUUCGGCUUCUCUGUCGCGCUCCUUAAUGUCCACCGCUAGGGCCUCACUUCGACAGGCGGCUCCGUCGUCACCCCUUCCCCGCCUCCGUCCGCCGCCACUCGCCGCUCCUCGCGUCCAGUCCCGCCGCUUUUCCAUGCCUGCUUCCAGGAAUUUGGGGCAAUUGGGGUGCAUACAAUCGCUUUUGCCGCUGACUAUAACUUGCAUGACGUCACACGUUGCUGUCAGUGCGCGUGCUUGCUGCGAACUGUCCCAUGGGAUGAAUGGAAAAGAUGGGUGAUGCGCAAGGACAUCGAUCAUCCAAUGGCGAGAGAAGAAUGCUGCAUAGUACGUGAGGAAACUGUUGGAUUUGCAUAGUUGCCUUUGAUGAUACUGGUGACCAAUAAUUUAUGAAUAGUGUUAUCUGCGAAGUAACGGUUGUAGGAUUCUUGAAUGAGGCUCAUCUGUUAUGCUAUUUUUAAUUUGUUCUAUUUCUUACUCCAGAGAAAACCUCUUAUUUCUUUCCAAAUUGAAACAGCAUUCAGGAUUAGUUCUUGAUUAUUCUUGUAUCUGGUUUUUGGUUAAAUUCUGUACAUUUGUCGCCUAUCUUUCAUGUAUUUUGAAAUAAUUUGUGGAUCGAUCACUUGUCAACUAAUGCACUAAAUUAGUCCA